GGAUCCCCGUGGGGGUGCACAGCAUGGAGCCCUGUGCUUUAGCAAUCCCAGGGAAACCAAGGCUGUUUUCUGCCCCCAUGGGGUGCCCCAGAGGAGUGGGGUCAGAGUGGGCCCUGAGCCCAGCAGGGUGCGCCUGCCGUUGUUGACAGCCCUUCUGGGCCGAUCCGCCCCCUACAGUAAUUCUCUGCGCUCUGCCAGUAACUGCCCUGACUUACCAGGCAGGCAUCAUUUCCUGAAACCCAGCCCAGCCUUAGGGGAAGUCGGGAGCCGGUGACUAACCCUCAUGCAAAUGGGGCCGGCGAGAUCGGCCAGCGCUGCCACUCGGAGCCGCUGAGCCUGCGGCCACCGUGGUCAUGAGGCUGACGCUCCCUAGUAGCGCUUCCAGGGGGACAUUGCAGCCGCUUCUCAGCACCCUGCACCCCGACCAUGUCGCAGCUGCGCUUCUGGCUGCAGUUCGCCGCACUCAACAAGGACCCCUCAUGCCUCGAGGACCUCUCCAAUGUCUCCAUCUUCUCCUCGUCUGUGGAUUCCCUGUCAGACAUCCCAGAUACUCCUAACUUCGUGUCAGCUGACAGCCUCAAUGAGGUGCCUACCAUCUGGGAUGUGACCACCCCCUCAGCCUCCCAUGACAAGCUGUUCCUACCUGCUGGGCCGUUCUCAGCUCUUGAAGACCCAGUGACCUCCAGCACCCCUCUUCUCGUCAGCUACCAGUCACACAGCCAGCCUGAGGAGGAGGAAGGGGAAGAGGAGGAGGAGACUGAGGAGUUGGGCCAUGCUGAGACCUAUGCUGACUAUGUCCCAUCCAAGUCCAAGAUCGGGAGGCAGCACCCAGACCGCGUGGUGGAGACCAGUACACUGUCCAGCGUGCCCCCUCCAGACAUCACCUACACCCUGGCCCUACCCACCUCAGACAGUGGGACCCUGUCUGCCCUGCAGCUGGAAGCCAUCACCUAUGCCUGCCAGCAACACGAGGUCCUGCUGCCCAGUGGGCAGCGUGCUGGUUUCCUAAUUGGAGAUGGGGCCGGCGUGGGCAAGGGCCGCACAGUGGCUGGCAUCAUUGUGGAGAACUACCUGCGAGGCCGGAAGAAGGCUCUGUGGUUCAGUGCUUCCAAUGACCUGAAGUAUGACGCGGAGCGCGACCUGAGAGACAUUGAGGCCCCGGGCAUCGCGGUGCAUGCACUGAGCAAGAUAAAGUACGGUGACAACACUACCUCAGAGGGUGUCCUCUUUGCCACCUAUUCUGCCUUGAUUGGAGAAAGCCAGGCGGGUGGGCAGCAUCGCACACGCCUACGCCAGAUUCUGCAGUGGUGCGGAGAGGCCUUCGACGGUGUGAUUGUUUUCGAUGAGUGCCACAAAGCCAAGAAUGCCAGCUCCACCAAGAUGGGCAAGGCCGUGCUGGACCUACAGAGCAAGCUGCCCCAGGCCAGAGUGGUGUAUGCCAGUGCCACAGGUGCCUCUGAGCCUCGCAACAUGAUCUACAUGAGCCGCCUGGGCAUCUGGGGCGACGGCACACCCUUCCGGACCUUCGAGGAGUUCCUUCACGCCAUUGAGAAGAGGGGGGUGGGCGCCAUGGAGCUCGUGGCCAUGGACAUGAAGGUCAGCGGCAUGUACAUCGCACGCCAGCUCAGCUUCGCAGGGGUCACCUUCCGCAUCGAGGAGAUCCCGCUGUCCCCCGCCUUCGAGCAGGUCUAUAAUCGUGCAGCCCGGCUGUGGGCCGAGGCCCUGAGCGUGUUCCAGCAGGCGGCUGACUGGAUCGGCCUGGAGUCUCGCAAGUCCCUGUGGGGUCAGUUCUGGUCGGCGCACCAGCGCUUCUUCAAGUACCUGUGCAUUGCAGCCAAGGUGCAGCGGCUGGUGGAGCUGGCCCAGCUGGAGCUGAGCCGCGACAAGUGCGUGGUCAUCGGGCUGCAGUCCACAGGAGAGGCGCGGACCCGCGAGGUGCUGGACGAGAAUGAGGGGCGCCUGGACUGCUUCGUCUCUGCGGCAGAAGGAGUCUUCCUGUCCCUGAUUCAGAAGCACUUCCCUUCCACCAGGAGGAGGCGUGACCGCGACCGGGGCGGAGGGAAGAGGAAACGGCGGCCUCGGGGCCGCAGCACCAAGGCUCCGAGACUGGCCCUGGAGGCUGCAGGAGUUAUCCACAUCAGCGAUGGCAGCAGCACAGAGUCCGACGCUGGCCUGGAGAGUGACUUCAACUCAUCCCCAGAGUCCCUAGUGGAUGACGAUGUGGUCAUCGUGGACGCCCCCACGUUCCCCACAGACGACCGAGGUCCCCUGUACCCUCUUCAGAGAGACCUGCAGGGUCCUGGUGUGCUGGAGCGUGUGGAGCGGCUGAAGCAGGGCCUGCUGGCUAAGGUGCGCGCGCUGGGCCGUGAGCUGCCCGUCAACACAUUGGACCAGCUCAUCCACCAGCUUGGGGGCCCUGAGUGUGUGGCCGAGAUGACCGGCAGGAAAGGCCGCGUGGUUUCCAGGCCAGACGGGUCAGUGGUCUUUGAAUCCAGAGCAGAGCAGGGCCUGUCCAUUGACCACGUGAACCUCAGGGAGAAACAGCGCUUCAUGAGCGGCGAGAAGCUCGUGGCUAUCAUCUCUGAGGCUUCCAGCUCCGGUGUCUCCCUCCAAGCCGACCGUCGGGUCCAGAACCAGCGGCGCCGGGUACACAUGACCCUGGAGCUGCCGUGGAGCGCAGACCGGGCCAUUCAGCAGUUUGGCCGUACCCAUAGGUCCAACCAGGUCUCAGCGCCCGAGUAUGUCUUCCUCAUCUCCGAGCUGGCAGGGGAGCGCAGGUUCGCCUCCAUUGUGGCCAAGCGGCUGGAGAGCCUGGGUGCCCUGACCCAUGGAGAUCGCCGCGCCACCGAGUCCAGAGACCUGAGCAAGUACAACUUCGAGAACAAAUACGGUGCCCGCGCGCUCAGCCGCGUCCUCGCUACGAUCCUGGGCCAGACGGACAACAGGGUGCCCCUGCCCCAGGGCUACCCGGGAGGGGAUGCCGCCUUCUUUCGUGACAUGAAGCAGGGGCUGCUGUCAGUGGGUAUCGGUGGCCGGGAGUCCCGCACCGGCGGCUUGGAUGUGGAGAAGGACUGCUCCAUCACCAAGUUCCUGAACCGCAUCCUUGGGCUGGAGGUGCACAAGCAGAACGCGCUGUUCCAGUACUUCUCUGACACCUUUGACCACCUCAUCGAGAUAGACAAGAAGGAGGGCAGAUACGACAUGGGCAUCCUGGACCUGGCCCCCGGCGUCAACGAGAUCCAUGAAGAAAGCCAGAAGGUGUUCCAGGCCCCUGGGCACCCCCAGGAUGGGCAGGUGGUCUUCUACAAGAUCAGCGUGGACCGCGGUAUGAAGUGGGAGGACGCAUUCGCCCGGUCACUGGAGCUCAAAGGUCCCUAUGAUGGCUUCUACCUCUCCUACAAGGUACGAGGCAGCAAGAUGAGCUGCCUUCUAGCCGAGCAGAAUCGCGGCGAGUAUUUCACCGUGUACAAGCCGAACAUCGGCCGCCAGAGCCAGCUGGAGACCCUGGACAGCCUGUGCCGCAAGUUCCACCGGGUCACCGCGGAGGAGGCCCGGGAGCCCUGGGAGAGCAGCUAUGCCCUGUCUCUGGAGCACUGCAGCCACACCACCUGGAACCAGCGCUGCCGACUGGCACAGGAGGGCAAGGGCUGCUCCCAGGGCCUGCGCCUCCGCCACCACUACAUGCUGUGCGGGGCGCUGCUGCGCGUGUGGGGCCGCAUCGCCGCCGUCAUGGCGGAUGUCAGCAGCAGCAGCUACCUACAGAUCGUGCGCCUCAAGACCAAGGACAAGAAGAAGCAAGUGGGCAUCAAGGUCCCCGAGGGCUGCGUGCACCGCGUGCUGCAGGAGCUGCAGCAGAUGGAUGCCGAGGUGAAGCGCCGCAGCACCCAGGGGCUGGCCGCGCGCUCACCCACCCCACGAGCCGUCACGCUUCCCUGCGGGCCCGGUGAGGUGCUGGACUUGACUUACAGCCCCCCAGCCGAGGCCUUCCCACCGCCUCCACGCUUCGCCUUUCCUUCGCUGCCGCCCCCAGACCCCAGCUCUCUGAUGCUGGGUGCCAGGGACCCCGCUACCACCAACCCCUUGGAGCUGGCACACCAAGGCUGCGACAUUAACUUCAGGGAAGUGUUGGAGGACAUGCUCCGCUCUCUGCGCGUGGGGCCCACUGAGACCCCCGCGCCUCUGGUGGGCGUGAGUGGCGGGGCCACUGAGAGGCAGAGCGUCAUCCACUUCAGCCCGCCCUUCCCCAACUCCUAAGCCGCCACUGCGGACCCUGCAUUCCAACUGUCCUGGUUGGCGAG